UGGUUUUUGCAAUUUCGAAAAAUUAUUUAUGAUUCUUAUAUAAUUAUAUGUAACGAAAAAAAAAAUAGUCAUUUAUAUAACAUAUGCAGGACUUGUAGUUCACACGAACAUAUUUUCUCGCGAUGUUCUCUUAGGUCAAUUGGUAGCAAGUCAGUCUUCCGAGUAUGAGGUUCGCGGUUCGAUUCCUGCUCCCGACAGAUAUUUUUUUUUUUCAUGGAAAUAAUUAUAUACAAUUAUUUUUACCCCGGUGAAUUCACUGUGAAUUCACCAUAAAUUCACUGUGGAUUCAUUGUGAAUUCACCGUAAAUUCACUGUGGAUUCAUUGUGAAUUCACCGUAGAUUCACUGUGGAUUCAUUGUAAAUUCACAGUGGUACCACUCUAAACUCACAGCAUUACCACUGUGAGAUGACCAUAAAACUACAGUAACCGAAUGGCACAAAAUUAUGGUGAUUUCACCGUAAUUUCAUCAUGGUCGCACUAUCUUUUUACUAUAAUCUCACUAAAAUUUCACUGUGAUUUUACAGUGAUUCCGAAACCGCGAGGGAACAAUAAUGAUAGUGGUACAUUUGAUGUCGGAGAGUUCGGUAAUGACAAUGUUGACUAUUCUUGUACUGUUGAGACUGAUAAUGUUGUUAAUCAUGAAAUAUCAAGUCAAACAUCUAAGUUAUCCCAGAAAUCUUUGGAAAGUAAUACUUCUCGUAUAAUCUCUGAUUAUGAAGAUGAAAUUCCAAAACAACAAGUUCCUAAAAUUGAUCUAAUGACACCAGAACUUGCUGCGGCUUUGGAUAGAGCUAAUGUGAAUAGUAGGUCGGCGACUUACAUUUUUGCUGCUUUAUUAUCUAGCCUAAAUAUUGAUUGUACAAGCGUAAACUUCAGUCAUUUGACUAUUCACCGAGCACGGGAAAAAUUUCGCAAAGAAGCGACGUUAAAUCUGAAAACUAAUUUGGAAACUGAUAAUUAUGUGCUACAUUUUGAUGAAAAACUGUUGUCAGAUAUUACAGGUAUAGAACAAGUUGACCGGCUUCCUAUUAUUUUAUCAUCAUCAGGUAAAUUUCAACUGUUAGGAGUCCCCAAACUAGAAUCUGGAACUGGACAAAAUCAAGCUUCAGCUAUUAUUACAACAGUAAAACAAUGGAAUAUUAAUACUGAUAACAUCAAAGCAUUGUGUUCUGAUACUACAGCGUCAAAUACGGGAAUCAGAAAUGGUGCGUGUGUGUUAGUAGAAAAGGCUCUGAAUCGACAACUGUUAUACUUGCCAUGUCGACACCAUAUUUUUGAAAUUGUUCUUUGAAGUGCAUUUGAAAUAUACUGGCCUGCUUCAUCUGGCCCAAACGUUCCAAUUUAUCAGAGAUUUAAAAAGAAGUGGGAUGAAAUUGAUCAAUCAAACUUUACGGCUGGUAUUUAUGGCCAAGAAAUUUUGGAAGUUAUAACACAAAUCAAAGAUGAAAUUUUGAAAUUCGUUAAUAAUCAAAUAGAAAUGGAUCAUUGUCGUGACGAUUACCGUGAACUCCUGCAAUUAUCAUCGAUAUUUUUUAGUGCUACUACCUCAAAUAUUACAUUUAAGCGUCCUGGAGCCGUCCAUCAUGCAAGGUGGAUGGCUAAAGCAAUAUAUAGUUUAAAAAUUUUUUUAUUUAGAAAUGAAUUUCAUCUUACUAAAUCAGAAAUAGCUGGAUUACGAGAACUUAGUUUAUUUAUCAUAAUAUUCUAUUUAAAAGCUUGGUAUACUGCGCCGUGCGCUAUAGCAGCACCUAAUAAUGAUUUAACUUUAAUUAAAGAAUUAAUUUCAUAUAAAAAAUUUAAUAAUACUAUUUAACGGGCAUGCUCAGAAAAAUUAGCCGAUCACUUGUGGUAUUUAAAUAACGAGUUGUCUGUUUUAUCUCUCUUUGACGAAACUGUUUCAGUUGAAACAAAAAGAAGAAUAGUUCAUGCUUUAAAAAACUGUGAAACCAAUGAAACUACGAGUCGUUUUAUAAUCGAUAAGAAAAAUUUAGAGUCAUUAUUAAAUAAAGAUCUUAGUCAAUUUGUAUCUAUGAGAUCGAUAAAUCUGUUUAAAUCGUUUGAUUUGUCGUAUGAUUUCAUUGAUGAGGAUGUAACUUUGUGGCCUCAGAAUCUAAAUUACAAAAGAAACUUGGAGUAUUUUCAGAAACUUCAAGUUGUAAAUGAUGUAGCAGAACGCGACGUGGCAUUGAUAGAGCAGUAUAAUCGAUGCUUAACGAAAAAUGAAGAACAGCUUCAGUAUUUAUUGCAAGUAGUGACAGAACACAGAA